CAGAGACUCUUCCAGAAGCUUCUCUUCCAACCCGCCUCUACAAAAAAAAUCUGAUUCAGUGACGUCAGUUUCCUGCGACGAGGCGACUCAUCAAAACAAAGCGUGGGGCUGCAACAGUUUUGCAACUCUGUAAAAAAAAUAAAAAAUAGCUAGCUAACAUAACAUGAUAAAAUGCCAAUAUGCUGGCUUAUCAGUGAGGCGGAUCGUCAUAAACCCAUCCGACUGCCACACCAACAGACAGUUGUCCUGGGUCGAGGUCCGGAGACGACUAUUAAAGACAAAAAAUGCUCUCGACAGCAAGUUGAAUUGAAAGCAGAGUGCAACAAAGGUUAUGUCAAAGUUAAACAGCUGGGCUUGAAUCCCACCUCCGUAGAUUCUGCGGUGGUGGGGAAGGACAAUGAGGUCAAAAUGAAGGCUGGACAGCAGCUUCAUAUUGUCAACCAGCUCUACCCAUACACUGUACAGUUCAAGGAGGAUCCCACCGGGGACCACGGCGGCACCAAAAGACCACGAGAGCCGUCUUCAGAGGACCCAGAGAGCCGCAGAGAGGAUCCGAGUGUGAAAGCAGCCAAACAGACACAAAAGCUCUCUGUGUCAGUCAGCCACGGAGAAGCCACAAACACCAGUGAAGGUUUUGGGCAUUGGAGCCAAGGUCUGAAGACCUCAAUGCAAGACCCAAAGAUGCAGGUAUACAAGGAUGACAAGGUAGUGGUUAUCAAAGAUAAAUACCCCAAAGCUCGCUACCACUGGCUGGUCCUCCCGUGGCAGACCAUUUCCAGCCUGAAGGCCUUAAGUGAGGAGCACUGCGACCUGGUGAAACACAUGCAGCAAGUAGCUGACCAGAUGGUUCAGCAGUGCCCAGAUGCUAGCUCGCUACGUUUCCGUACAGGGUACCAUGCCAUCCCCAGUAUGAGUCAUGUACACCUCCAUGUGAUCAGCCAAGACUUCGACUCUCCUUGUUUAAAGAACAAAAAGCACUGGAACUCAUUUACGACUGACUAUUUCAUGGAGUCUCGCGAUGUCAUUCAGAUGCUUGAAACAAAUGGAAGAGUCAAUGUGAAAGAAGGAACCAGCGAGUUGUUAAAACUACCUCUCCGCUGUCACAUGUGUCGCAAAGAUAUUCCCACUAUACCAGCUCUGAAGGAGCACCUAAAGUCUCACUUUCGCAGCUAAGAAGGUGACUGCAAAGGGAAUACAUGCCUCAGAUGUUUCUACAUAGGACUGAAGUGUGUUGGGUACUAUUUUUGCCUGGCAAUUCUGAUUCAUUGUUUAAAAAAAAAAAGUCAUUAUGUGGCGGGAACACAAUGUCAUGGCUGCAGUUGCAUUUUCAACUUGUUAUUUUUUCAGUAGGUUUAAGAAGAGGGUCAUUGUGAAGAUGCAUUUAAUUUAUGUGGGUUUUCAUCAGUUUUUUUCCAAAUUUCUGGACUGGGAAAUCCCAUAUUAUUGCAAAUAUUAUUCCCACAGUCCACAUGUUAAAAUGUUUUAUUAAAUGUUUUCUAAAAACUGAAUACUGGAUUCUUGAAUUUUAAAUUACCCUUCCCUGAUAGCGCAACCCCUGUGUUUGCUUAGAGUUUGACUUUUUGGGGAGCUCUGUCAUGUAGCUAGACUACUGCAUUGAUAUAACAUUUUUAAAAUUACACUUUGUUUGCAUGUGUACAGAAAAGACAAUGAACAUGCUUUCAGCCAACAGUACACCCAGUCUAGCUGUCUUGGUGGGAAACAGACUGUUUUGUGUGUCACAAUAAGUUAAACAUCAAUG